AUGACCGGCCCCAAUUUCAUCGUGACAGCAGGCACACAAACUGUGCAGGUCCGGAUCAUCGAUUCGACCACAAGAAUCGGCAAGUUGCCUGCAAACUUUCUCAUGAAGCCACCCGUUCACGGUCUGCAGUAUAUGCCGGUCCUCCCAGCAUGGUCUUUUCUCAUCGAACAUGCCUCGGGAAGAAAAGUCCUUUUUGAUUUGGGGGUUUCUAAGGACUAUCAUGCGUUUUCUCCAACCGUCACGAAGCACCUGGAACGUCAGGGAUGGGAGGUCAGUGUCGACAAGGACGUUAUCGAUAUUCUCGAGGAGAAUGGGCUCGCGCCGUGUCAGAUUUCGAGUAUCAUCUGGAGUCAUUGGCACUGGGACCACCUAGGGGACCCGUCAAAGUUUCCCCAUUCGACAGAGUUGAUUGUUGGUCCUGGUUUCAAAAAGGAGUUCUUGCCGGGAUAUCCCUCGAAACCCGACUCUCCACUGAUUGUGUCUAGAGGGCGGUCAUUACAAGAAAUCGAUUUCACGGGGGCCACCCAAGUCGGCCAAUUCAGAGCUCACGACCUCUUCGGCGAUGGAUCGUUCUAUAUCCUAGACACACCGGGGCACGCCGUAGGCCAUUUGAGCGGACUCGCACGGACGACAAUCAAUCCCGAUACGUUCGUCUUCAUGGGUGGAGAUCUAUGCCAUUACAGCGGAGAGAUCAGACCGUCAAAAUAUCUACGCAUACCGGCAGAGAUUCCACAACGCUCUCCUGUCGUCCGACUGCCAUGUCCCGGCGCCAUGUAUGAGAGACUCUUGACUAGCCGCGGACGAUCGGUGGACGAGCCGUUCUUCGAGCCCGCUAUCGGACUAGAUAUGGAACAAACAAUCGCAUCGAUUGGCAAGGCGCAGGACGCCGACGCCAGCGACAACGUGUGGUUUGUCUAUGCGCACGAUCCGAGUCUCUUCGGAACUGUGGAUCUGUUCCCGCUGUCCGCGAACGACUGGAAGAGGAAGAACUGGCGCGAGCAGACACUGUGGACGUUCUUGAAGGACUUUGAUGAGGCGGUUGAUAGACUCGCCCAAGCGUAG